AUUUCAGUCUCGUUUUUGCCGCGUUGGUCUUAAGGCGGGCGAGCGGGCGUUUUGUGUUGCAUUUUUGUUGACGCGAGUGGCCGGUGUCGGUGCUGGCUGUCUUGAGCCGGCUUUUUGUGAACACAUGUCCUAGCGCUACUGCAGGCUGCACGCGAUCGCAAGUGCGAGGAAGACGGCAAUACGCUCACGUGUGGAUCACCUACAUCUAUACACAAUUAUAUAGCACACUAAAAUAUUGAGCACAAAAAAUCUGGCAAUUUUGAUCCUAGCAACGCAUUCAUAAUUUUACCGCAGGGUCAAGAACACGCCGGCGCUGCUUUUUCGGCCGAUUUUUUUUAAAUGUUUAUUCGCGGGGCGCACGUGCAUUUUUUAAAUAAUUUUGGCAAUCGAGCCCUGGACUGUUGCCUAAGUUGCCUUUUGGACGUGUUGUGACGUUGGUGUUACCAUAAUAAUGUGAUAUAUUUUUAGUGACAAUUAGAUAGGAACAAACUGUGAUUUUUAUGGUGAUAUUGUUGGUGAUUGUGAAGAUUUUUGGAUUGUGACAGACGUAACGGAGGAUCUCGAAAAAUUCCAUGACAAGGAUAACAAGCGGGUCGAUAGACAUACACCGUAUAUUUUUAUAAGAUAGUGCCAAAUAAUACGAGUUUAUAUAUUUAGAUAGAAAUUUUAAAUCGAUCAAGAUGAUGGAAGGCAGGACAAUCGAUUACAGGCCGGACGGUGGUGGCCUGGAUUAUCACAAUUCGCCUUUAAUGGCAGAAAUUCCUAUAGACAAUUACUCGCACAUACACAGGAGCAUAGAGCACCUCAGAUCUAUAGGUGUACCACCUCCGCUUGAUCAUCAUAGGCAUCUGUCAGCGAAUAUAACUGACCUGCGGAGGUACGAGCAUCCUGAUGAGAUACCUGAAAUAAAGCCGUCCGUAUUAAGGUUAUCUGAAUUCAAGAGUGGAUUACACGAUAUCAGAGUGAACAACGAUCAAGAGAAUGACAUCCAAAGACAGAUGACGCCGCACGACGAUGGACCGAAGGGAUACAGCGCGCCAUCGACGCCACUGUCGGAGAAUGGGGGGCAGAGCGUUCAGGAAGAGAAGGUGUUCGGUUCAAAAGCGGAUCUGCAGCUGCAUACACAGAUCCACCUUCGGGAGGCGAAGCCCUACCGCUGCACCCAGUGCCCGAAGGCCUUCGCCAACUCCUCGUACCUGGCGCAGCACUCCCGCAUCCACCUCGGCAUCAAGCCCUACCGUUGUGAGAUCUGCCAGCGCAAGUUCACCCAACUGUCGCAUCUCCAACAGCAUAUCCGCACCCACACCGGAGACAAGCCGUACAGGUGCACUCAGAUCGGAUGCACAAAGGCCUUCUCCCAACUCUCCAACCUCCAAAGCCACAGCCGCUGUCACCAAACUGACAAGCCAUUCAAGUGCAACUCUUGCUACAAAUGCUUCACGCACGAGAAGGAUCUGCUGGAACACAUCCCGAAACACAAGGAGUCGAAGCAUUUGAAGACGCACAUCUGCCAGUACUGCGGCAAGAGUUACACGCAGGAGACGUAUCUGAGCAAGCACAUGAAUAAGCACGCGGAGAGGGCUGACAAGCGGCCGCCGAUUUCAGCGCUGGGACUGAGCGGGUUGAACCGCUCGUUAGCAGCUGCCGCGCCCACAGCGGCGCCGUUCGCUGAGCAUCCUUACUGGCCGAAAGUGAGCCCGGAUUCGGCAGCUCACAUGUCUGACGACGGCGGCUACCACCAGCAGCGCGAAAGCGAUGACCACCACGAGCAGCAGCUGCAGCAGCAGCGAGCGUUGUUCUCGCAGCACGAGAGCCAGGACGACCGCAUCCACAGCACGCCGGUCUCGUCGGCCGCCAACUCGGCCUUCACCCCCAUCAACUCCAUGGCCCCGCACCUGAACGGCCUGUCGCACCACAGCGCGCUGCCGACCCGGCCCUACCUGUACGAUCCCCUCCACUUCCAGCAGGGCAAGCAGCAGCCCAACUCCUUCCCCAACCAGCUGAUCUCCCUCCACCAGAUCAGGAACUACGCUCACCAGCCCUCGGCCCUCCUGCCCGCCGAGCAUAUCCUCCCCCACGCGCUAUCCCACAAAGACAAACAGUAAACCCUUGCCGACCUAGAUACGCCUACUUUAAUACGAUGGUAUUACUAGUAUAUAAAUAACGAAAUAUUAUAAAAUAUUUAGAAUCUCGCUCUCGAAGACAGUGGUAUUAAUGUAUGAAAUACGAAAUUGGUUUUAUCGUUAGUGAAACAAAUUCAUGUUUUUAGACUUAAUCGUGUAUGAAUACUCUGAAUUUUGUGAGUAGAUGAUACUGGUUAUUCUGAAUUUAUUGGUCGUUUUACAGAUUGUAGAUUAGUUCUCGUCAAAGCAGGCUUCUGUUGAGAUGCGUUGGUAGUAACGAGAGGUUGAUCACUGAUUUUAGAAGAAAUUUUUAAGCCAAAAAUUUUGUUACCUCAUGACUCGUUUCGUUGAUCAGUCCUUCGUUACGACUCGUCCAGUGUCACUUCUGCUUUCUAGAUAACUAAUCUUGGAAUCAUGCACAUUUGUUCCAUUGCACAAAUUUUAAUAAUUUCUUGAUGGCCUAUUGAAGUAACAGCUAUGGUCGAAGAGACGUUAAAAGUAUUAUUUUCUUAUAUUCAUUUUAUCAUAAUCGUUUUAUUAACCUCUGGAAGGUGGAUGGAUCUCGAAAAUUAAUAAUUUUAACCAGUUGUUUCAAGGAAUUGAUUCGAGGUCUUGAUACAUCUGGUGUCAGAAAGCUCUUAGAUUUACAUGCACAUCAGAUUUUACGUGAGACUGCUUUAAAAUCUAUAGAAUAUCCAGUUAUUUAUUUCCAACAAAUGUUAUAUAGGAUAUACGGUUGAAAUUUUAAUGUUAAAAGUUCCUGAUAAACAAAUAUUUGUAAUAGUCGAAAUAUCACAUUUACUAGUACGAAUUCUUGAAACCACUUGGAUCUAAGUUUCAUUCUGUUGCAUUUUUAUUGAUAAGUACAUACCUUUACUAAACACCGAUCUCUUGAAUCAUCACAUUUGCACUCAGUUCCUACUUAGGUCGUAUGGAUUCAUUUAUUUAGUUUUAUUUCGUAUCUAUCUUAAAAAAGUAAGUCUCUUCUAGAAAAUGUGGUUUGCCUUCUGUUAAAUUUGACUCUUAUCUUUGAAGGUUCAGCAUAUUUUCUAUGUUUUAAUUUAAUUUCCCAUUUGUACAUUAUUAAGUGGCCAAAUCGCUUUGUCUUUGUCAUUUGGUACGACGAAAGGUGCACAUUGUGUAAAUAUUUUGUAAAUAGGAAUACUUUUUUGAGGAACCUUAAAAUUAUUGAGACGUUUUUUGUUUACUUUUAGUCUAUAAUGCUUAUGCUCAAUUACACUAGCCGUAAGACUAUCCAGGUAGCUGACAGUGAUUGGAUUGUAACUAAAGGUACUUAAUGUCCCAUUUUCAUUUGAUUUACAACGAUUGUUUUAGACUAAUUUGAAGUAUACGACAAGUUAUUAUUUUGUUUAGGAAGUGUCUGUAGUAGAUAAAAUUUAACGAAAUGUGAUAGGAAAGGAUGAGGAGAAUAAUAUUUUUGGAGGAAACGUACUUUGUUCUUCUGCAUUGAUUUGCUACAAAUCUUUUUCGAUUUUAUUUUAAAUUGUUAGGUUGCGGUUCUUUGCGAUCGGGUUCCUUAGGGAUCGUGUCGCAAACCCAAACGCUAAUUAAGUUCUUGUACAAAUGUUUAUUUGUUAAUAAGGUAAUUACGGCAAUACUUAAUUCUUCCGAAUUGUUGUUAAAGAAAGACGAAAUGGUGCGAGUAAUGUAAAGGUUUUGAAUUAUAACAGCGGUUAUAUCCCAAAAUUGUUUUUUAAAUUCAUCGGAUUUAAAAAAAUAAGCCAAUAUCUCUCUAUUGUAAGUAGAAAUGUGAUAUUGUAAUUUGAUUUUUUUUAGUUAAGUGUAAACUUAUUAUGAUUAAAUACAUAUUUUUGUAAGUAAUUACGUUUUACGAUAGUUAUGCUUUUCUAGCCUUUCGGUUAAGAUUAUUAGAUGGAAGUAA